AUGGUUAAGAAAGCCAAGCUCAGCAUGGAAGCCGGCAUCAAGCGCGAGCGCCCAACCGUCUUUGCCGAGUUACUCAAGUCAGACCUACCGGAGCAAGAAAAAACCAUGACGCGACUCGUAAACGAGGCCACGGCCAUGAUGGGUGGCGGCACCGGGACCGCAAGCUGGACCCUCAGCGUCAUUACAUACCACCUCCUAACGAAACCGAAGCUCCUGAGCAAGUUAACCGAUGAACUACGCGGAGCCGUGUCCGAUCCGCAGAACCUGCCCCCUUGGACGACGCUGGAGAAAUUGCCGUACCUCGGCGCAGUGCUCCAGGAGGGCUUGCGACUGGCAUACGGUGCAUCCGGGCGCACCGCCCGCGUGGCACCCGAGGAAGACCUGGUGUACCGCGGGGAAUGGAAACCAAAGGGCAGCAAGAAGAGCGUGCCACUUGCGUAUAUUAUCCCCCGGGGCUACGCCAUUGGCAUGUCAACACCCCUAGUUCACCACGACGAGACCCUAUUCCCGAACUCAUAUGAAUUCAUACCCGAGCGGUGGCUUGACGAGAACCUAGAAAAAAGAAGGGAGAUCGAGCAGCAUAACCUCUCUUUUGGGAAGGGCAGCAGGAUGUGCUUUGGUAUGAAUCUUGCGCUCUGCGAGCUGCAUCUCGGUCUUACUGCGUUGGUGUUACGCGUGUUUCCGCAUAUGCGCCUAUUCGAAACCACCGAGGAGGAUAUUCGAUAUGAUUAUGAUAUAGUUAUACCUAUGACUAGAGCCGAUAGCAAGGGCGUAAGGGCGGUUAUUGUAUAA